CGUCAUUGCAACACGAAUUCGAUCACAGCAGAUCAUAUACCUUUGAGUAAGUUAUAAUUAGCAACUUUUCUACAUAGUAUUAUAGGCAUCACAUCUAUUUUGUCUUUACACAUUCUAUUCCUCUUCUCACCUCCACUCACACGAUAUCUGUAAAGACAAAGGUUUCAUUUUGUUAACAAAAAUUGCUAUUAUUUCUAUCAUGUUCUUUUUCUUUUUUAUUAUUAUAUAUCUAAGCAAUCAUUAUUAUUGGAAUAAGUACGACCUCAACUUUUUUCCACGAUUGUAUCGAAGUGAAACGACAAAAAACUCAUUAUAAUACUAUGCAUAGAAAAUGUAUUAGUUAUCUGAAGAGAAACACAAGAAAAAGAUGAAUAUUAUCCUUGUUUUUAAUUAAAUAUUCGAAAAGAUUUCUUUUUACUGAUUCUGUAGAAUUUUAUCUAUUUCGAAAAUUAAAGAUGCAUAAGAAGUUUUAACUUUCACACUACUUCCAAGUCUCUUUUUCCCGUUGUCAACUGAAAAAUAUGUAAAAGAACAUUAAGAAUUAUAUUUGGUGCAAUCUACGAAGAAAAUUCUUAUCAUUCAUGAAUAUCAAAAGGUUAUAAGUAGACAAUCAUUGAUGGUAAUGAUAUAUAGAUUGUUCUAAUCAAUGUGUGAAAAUAUGCGAAUUUACAGUCUGGACAUUGCGUUUUAUCAUUGUUUAUCUCAAUUGUAUUCUUUUCUGUUUCUGUUAUAUUUAGCUAAUGUUAAUGAUAAUGAACCUGAUUGCAUUUUUAUCAUAAAUCAUAACGGUUCAGUGAUCUGUGUUAUAUCAAUCGCUGUCAAUUGUAUCUUAUCUAACUGCCUAAUACUAAUGACUAAAACAAAUCAUUAUCAAAGGAAAGAAAAGAUUUAUUUUCGAUAUAAUGGGUUGGGUAGAGCUUUGAAUGCUUAAGAAUUUAUUAAGUUAUUAAUUUAGCUCUUAUUUUGCUCGUUUAUAAGAAAGUUCAAUGUGUUUGUUUUUUGCUUCUUAUUGGAAUGAAACACUGAGAAAUAAAAUGUUUCUUUUCUAUGUUACGAACAAAAGCUCAGAAGUUGAGUGAAGAGAGAGUGUGUCCAUAAUGAUAGUGCUCUCCUUGUGUUAUCUUUCUUAUCUCUCACUAUUGUUCUCUCCUGUGUUGCUCAUCUCUCUUUUCUAUAUAAGCUUGUGUUAUAUAUGCAGUAAAUUAGUUAUUAUUCUAUCGAUAUAAAAUGUCCAAUAAACAUCACUAGUGGAAAUGAUAGUCCUCCAGUUUGUGAUCAAUUGAGUCUCUUCACUCGACUUUCUCAAGAUUAUUUAAUGUCCAUUCACUUUCUCUUUUCUUCAAAUCACUUUUAAAAAUAUUUUUUUUUCUGAUUAUAGAUGUCGACAAGAUUUAUUCUGUCUUUGAACACAUUACCUAUUGAAGUUAUUUAUCAUAUAUUUGAUAAACUCAAUGUACAAACUAUUAUUCUUUCACUUUAUAAUGUAUGUAAACAAUUGAAUACUAUAAUAAAUGGUUAUUUUCAUAAUGCUCGAUAUCAACUGAAUUUUGAUAAUAUCUCGAAAGCUGAUUUUAUUCGAGUUUGUCAAUUUAUUCAACCUGAAAAUAUUAUUUCACUUACACUUUCUGAUCAAUCAACUACACCAGGUCAAAUUUCAUUAUUUUUCUCAUUAUUUUCUAUUGAACGAUUUACACAACUUUGUUCAUUAAUACUUCUUUGUAUCGAAAAUGAACAAUUGAAUUUUAUAUUAGAACAUAGUAUCAAUUUUCCACUUGUCUUACUAUCAAUUCAAGAGAAAGAUAAUUCUCAUCGUUCGGAUACAAUCGAUACUCUUCUCUCUAGAAUGAUAGAACGACCUGGUCUUCAGAAUUUAACCGUGAGUUUGAAAAGAGAUGGUAGUGAUCAAAUAAAAUGGCCAAUUUCAUCAACAAUACAACAUCUGACUUUAUAUCAUUGUAAUUUAUCACAUUUUCCGAUUAUUUUUCGUCAUUUUUCUUCUUUACGAACAUUAUUCAUUAAAUAUUGUGACAUGAUCGAUUAUGAACCUAUUGGUUUUGAAAUACCUUUUGAUCCUGUACCAAUGUAUCAAUUAACCUCACUCAUAAUGGAAGACUUUAACUUCAAUAUGUGCAAGAUCAAAUCAUUUCUUUCUAACACAUCAUCAUUGACACAUCUUCGAUUGGCUGGUAGCAUAAAUGAAAUUGAUUUUCCAUGGGAACAACUGAUACAAACAAAUUUACCUUUGUUGAAUCAAUUUGAAUUUUCCUUUUACAUGAAUAUAUAUGAUGAUGAUAGUUCUAUUAAUAAUGACACACUUAUUGCUCCAUUUCGAACACCAUUCUGGAUUAAAAUCAAAAAUUGGUUUGUUACUUGUGAUCAAUUUAUUCGCGACGAUGAUAAUAAUAAUAAUAUUACAAAACCAAAUUAUGAUAUUCAUCUCUAUUCAAUACCUAUUCGUAAUCAUUACUUUCAUUACUAUUCUCAAUCGAUCAAAACUACUUCUUCAACUUCAAUGGAUAUUAAUAAUGAUAUAUCAGUAAUGGAUUAUGUGCAUACUGUGUAUGUAAACACAGAUAUAAUGAUGGCCACGACAACAACAAACGAAGUUCAACUACAAACACAUCGAUUUCGAAAAGCAUCGAAUCUCAAUAUUCGAACUGAUAAUCGAUGGCCAGUUGAUUUCGUUCAACGUGUUUCGUCAUUUAUCGAUCUAUCACAUCUUGAAAAACUCACAUUAGUUGAUGGAUUAGUUGAAGAUUUUUAUCCGAAUACGCCAAUACAUUUCGUUAAUCUACUUCAACAAGCAUUUAAUGUUCGUUCACUCGUUUUCAAAGAUAAAUGGCUUGAUAAAACUUGUGUUAGUAAUAUGAAAAAUUUCUGUUCUUUAAUUCCAAAUCAUAUCAAAUAUUUGGAAAUUGAUAUCUCAAUUAUGGAUGAUAUGAAAAUCAUACUCAAUCGACUUGAUCAUUUAUUAAGCGUGACAUUUCGAUUCAUAAGUCGAAAACAACAUUGGCCAAAGAAAAUUAUUAAAUGGCUCUCGACAAGAAGAGAUGCAACAUAUAGUACAGAUCUUUACACUUUAUCAAUAUGGCUCGGUAAGAAGAAGAAGAAGAAGAGAAAGACAUGUGAACAAAUGACUAAUGAUAUUAAACGUAUUAAAACGAAUUGA